GCAACAGAAUGACGUUUGGAAGGCUAGUCCAUUUUUGAUGACGUCUACCACAAUACACGCUUUAUGCGGAAGCAGUGCGGCGGUAACAGUGAUUUUUACAUGUGAGAAAAUAAGUGCCUUUUACCCAUCAUCAUGACAGACAAAACAGCUUCUUUGCAAUCUAGAACUACUCUACAACAAUGCCUUCAUGCCAGGCUUCAAGUCAAACCUCCCGAUGAGCAGUCGGAGGCAGAGUGGGUAGAGAUUGACCGCGGAAUGGUUAUUUAUAUCUGUUUCUUCAAAGGAGCUACUGAAGAUAUAAUUCCAAAAAUGGUGACCUCCCUCCUUAACAUCAAGCUGUGUGAAACAGACUCAGGGAAGUAUGUGUCGGUGCUGGACCUGCCAGGUAGUGUCCUAAUCAUUCCUCAGGCCACUCUGGGAGGUAAAGUCAAAGGCAAGGUAAUGCAGUACCAUGGCAACAUUGGGAAAGAAGAGGGACAGCAGCUGUAUGCUCAGUUUGUCUCCCAGUGUGAGAAGGAGAUUGCUGCCUCCAGUAAAUGUUGUGAGGCUGGAGUUAUGGUUAGACAUGGAACCUAUGGAAACAGACAAGUACUUAAACUGGACACAAAUGGACCGUAUACUCAUUUAAUGGAGUUUUGAGGGUUUGUUUUUUGUUCUUGUUGGGUGAAUUGUGCAAAUAGCCUAGCCUACCACAAUUUAGUUUAAGUUUAAUUGUCAAAUACUGUAAAUUUAUCAUAAAGUAAAACUAUGUUUCUGUGAACUGACUUGUAAAGAAUUUGAAAGGGACACUUGCUUCAUGUGAAUUUGUACAAUUACAGGGCUACUACUAGUCAGUCAGAAAGAAUAACAGCUCAGGAUGAGUGGGGGUGUCUCUGGUUGAUUAUGAGUUACUUCUAAUCUCAUUUCCUCUCCUCCCACCCUGACACACAAGUUUAGAGUACAACUUUACGUCUGUUCAGUGACCCUGAGCAGACAGUUCACCAACUCUCAGACCUUUCUGAUAAAUACAUAAGAAACUGCUGAUUAGCUGCUCAAUAUUUCAGUGCAGGUAAUUAUAAUGAUGUAAAGGGCAAUAAAACACAUUUUAUGCAUCAUGAAAAACAUUCAGUCUAUACUGGAUGUAACAAUAAAUAUGAUGAAGCCUGUUUAUAAGAUAAGAAUAUGUAAUACUUUUUUUAUCCUGUAGGCCUAGCUUAUGUUGAGGCCAGUAAGCCAGUUAGGGCCUACUGUAUUAUGAACAUUUGGUCAGUGGCAUAUUAAACAUAUCAAUAUGAAUCUGUUUUUAUUAAAGUGUUACAAAUUAUUUCCAAACCCAGUGGGGAUGAAGGGAAGAAUAGUUGAUUCGGAUAGUUUAAACAGUACAACAUAAGGCCACCAGAGGGCACUGCCAUUGCAGCACUUGACAGUUCAUACCGGAUCAAAUAACCACAGCAAAGGAGAAAAAUCUUGUCCCCAACCCCUCAUUUCAAUCCUAUAUCCAUUACCAAACAUUGUGAUACAUUAUACAUCAGACAGUCAGUCAUCUCAGCUGGUAAUCCGUCUCUGUCGAAGGCUGUGCUAGGCUUGCAGUUUGCCAGUGGGUCGUUUCUCUGUGCUAAAGAGGAGGAGAUUUAACACUCAGCAAAAGAGUGGGGUGAUGCUUCACCAUGUUUAAUUUAUGAGCCUAAGCCUUAGCAUAGGAGGACAGAGAGAGGGGAAGAUAAAAAUGGUGGGAAAGUGCAGCAUGAACACAGGCGUUUGUGUGUGUGUGUGUGAGAGAGAGACUGUAGGUGUGUGUGUGCGUGCGUUCGUGCAUGCAUGUGAGCGCUGAUGAUUGUCAUGUUUGGGUGAGCAUCAUUGUGACUCAGCACUAUCUGACCAUCUGAGGGACACAGAGAUCAGCAUCUGCACUGAGCAAAUACUGCAAGUCCACCAGACACAUUUUCUUAAGCUUGCGUGGAGCUGAAUGCAAAUAAGCUCCUCAGGUUGUCAAGUGUAAGGGAUGUAAUUCCCUUUGUUCUCAAGAUAGGACAAAGAUUGAAAGAAAAAAAAACACCUAAUGGUCCAUGUUUCAACUCUUCACAGGCCAUUUUAUUUGAGUGAAUAUUUAACACAAGACUCUAGUGGUUGAUAAAAGGAUCUAAAUAAACAUUAGAAUGGUAUUAUUUCCCCAAAUUUAGUAUAAAACCCCAAGCGUAAAGGUUUUGCAACAGAUUGCACAAAUUUUGUUUGGGAGGCAUGAAAUAACACUUGUGUUUGAGCAAUAAGCGAUUAUGGUCAGGCUUUUGAAAUAACAGUCCCUGCAAACUAAACUACAGACUGGCAAUUGUAGAGCCAAGCUGCUGCUGAGAUUCUUUUGCACGAGCCAAAGCCAACUUUAAAAUACUUGAAUUCCUCUUGAAAUGAAGGGUUUGUUUUUCAGUGUUAGUCUGUUUGCUUUUCUCAGAUCAUCAGUAAAUCCCUGACACAAAUCGAUUUUGGUUUUUAAAGUAAGACUUUGUUAACACUGCGGUAUGAAGGCUUUGAAUGUAAUAUCACUUUUGACAUUUCAGUGGGUGCUAUAGUGGCUAUUCAAAUUCCGGAGCAUGUUUGCAAAUGUGUUUGUGUAUAUCCUCACUGCAACAUCCAUAUUCUCUCAUAUACAAUGUAUGUAAUGCUCAGUGCACUGAGUUUAUACUGUACAUCAUGAAAUAAAUGGUGAUGAAUUUUG